AUGCCUGCCAUCAAUCACCUUGAAGCGCGGUUUCUGGGAGGGACCAGCAGUAACGGCCCAGCAAUCACAGGAACCGCCAUCGCCCUCAUCAUCUGCCUCGGACUCAUACCCACUAUCGCUGUCGUAUGGACCGUCUGCUAUCUCUUCUGGGCCUAUCCAUACGACCGCAACUGGUGUUGCAUCAAGCGAAAGCGGCGCCCAGAGCCGCAAAGUGUGCUGAACCAGGCACCGAUGAGCCAGGAAGCACUGUUCGAAAAGCAGGGCAUGGGACUCCCACAGCGGCCGUUUGCUGCUCAGAUCAGGACGGACUCUGGAAGUUCUAGCAACAGCGGGCGUCUCCAAAAACAAUAUAGGCCUGGAAGCGGAAACUACAAGAGGGAUACCAGGAUGAGCCUGCAGAGUGUAACCAGUGCCAACUCUAUGCCGUUCGCACAAGAGCCCAAGCCGUUUGUGUGA